AUGACUAACUACUCGUCUGCAGCUGUACUUCAGGUGUCAAUAUCACUCAAUAAAGUGGAAUUAAGUGUUGGAGAAUCCAAAUUCUUCACCUGCACAGCCAUCGGCGAGCCAGUUAGCAUAAACUGGUUCAACCCUCAAGGCGAGCGAAUUAUUGCGAACCAGCGAGUGGUCGUGCAUACAGAAGGAGUGCGUUCCAGACUCACCAUCUACAAUGCCAUCAUUGAGGAUGCCGGGAUAUACCGAUGCCAGGCCACGGAUGCCAAAGGAGAAACUCAAGAGGCCACAGUGGUAUUAGAGAUUUACCAGAAGUUAACGUUCCGCGAGGUGAAAACGCCGCAGGAGUUUCGUCAGGGUGAGGACGCUGAAGUCGUCUGUGAUGUCAUCAGCUCACCUGUACCUGCCGUGUCCUGGUUCUACAAGAACAGAGAGAUAACAUCUGAAACAACCAGCCACCUGCAAGUUCUUCCCACCAACAACCUCCGGAUCCAGAGAGUGAGUAAAGCGGAUGAGGGUGUGUAUCGCUGUGAGGGGCGUGUGGAAGCCAGAGGAGAAAUCGAUUUCAGAGACAUUGUUGUGCUGGUGAACGUUCCACCUGUUCUAUCAGUGCCGCAGCAGGCCUUUAAUGCCACCGCGGAUUACCAGGAGACUGUGACCUUCACCUGCAUCACCUCGGGCUCCCCCGACCCUCAGGUGACCUGGUACUGGAAGGGUCAUGAGAUCGAGCGAUCGGAGCAGUAUGUAUUGAACACUCUGGAUGGGGGUAAAAGCACGCUGACCGUUAAAGACAUUGGCCAGGGCGACGGAGGACCGUAUACCUGCCGAGCGAGCAACAAGGCCGGGAGUACAGAGAGACAGAUGAUUCUGAAAGUGUUUGUCCAGCCUCACAUCACUCAGUUGAGGAAUGUCACGGCGGUAGAGGGCAGUGCCGCUAUGAUCUCGUGUACCGCUGAAGGUGAACCGCUGCCUGAGAUCUCCUGGAGAAGGACCAGUGAUGGACAGACCUUCACAGAUGGAGAUAAGAGUCAGGAUGGGCGUGUGGAAGUUCGAGGACGGCAUGGAAAGUCCAUGUUGACCAUCAGCGGGGUGCAACUCUCAGACUGGGGUCGGUUCGACUGUGAAGCUCUCAGCAGGAUCGGAGGACAUCAGAAGAGCAUGUUCCUGGAUAUCGAGUAUGCACCAAAGUUCCAGACCAACCAAACCAUCUUCUACUCCUGGGAGGGAAAUCCAGUGAACAUUAGCUGUGACGUGAAAUCCAACCCUCCAGCAACCAUGCUGUGGAGACGAGAUCGCUUCACCAUCUCCAGUCCAGGGACUAGUAACAUACGUAUUCAUACGGCAGAGGGGCGAUCGAUUCUGGAGGUCACUCCGAUGUCCGAUAGGGAUUUUGGACGGUACAAUUGCACAGCACGAAACAACAUUGGCGCUCGAUACCAGGAGUUUAUAUUAGCACAGGCAGAUGUUCCAUCAAAUCCAUACUCAGUGAGCCUCACCGCCGUCUCCCAGCGUCUCGCCACCGUUACCUUCCUGAAACCUGACUCGCACGGAGGCGUUCCCAUCAGCUAUUACAUGGUCAAUUACAAAGACACAAGCUCUCUGGAUUGGAGGACGAUGAGAUCACAUGGUGUUCAGACCACAGUCAUUCUGGCUAACCUUGAGCCCAACACGACGUAUGAGGUGCGAGUUGCGGCCGUCAAUGGAAAGGGACAGGGAGAAUUCAGCCACACAGAAACAUUCCAGACGCUACCCAUACGCGAGCCAAGCCCACCCACAGUACACGGACAGAGGGGGGUCGGGAAGGCCUACAGAUUGGGACUCAUCAAACAGGAUGAUGGAGGAAUGCCGAUUGUAGAGUACAUAGUCAAAUACAAAACGGAAAAAGAGGAACAGUGGAUGACCAAGUUGGUUCCAGGCAUGAAUGACUUCGCUUUACUGCAGCCGCUUCAGUGGAACACGCGCUACAACGUCGAGAUCACAGCGAGGAACGUGAAAGGCUUGUCAGAACCCACAUUCUUCCAGUUCCUCAUGCCUCAGAAACCAGACAUAACAGAUUCUCUGUUCAGUGGUCUCAGUCUGGGUGCUGUGGUGGGUCUUGGGGUGGCCGGUCUGAUUCUCCUGCUGGUUCUGGUGGACGUCAGCUGCUUCUUCCUGCGUCAGUGCGGUCUGCUCAUGUGCAUCACCCGCAAACUCUGCAGCAAGAAAACGGCCACCAGCGGCAAGAGUAAAGAACUUGAGGAGGGCAAAGCAGCUUACCUGGGUGAUGGGUCAAAGGAUCCCAUCGUGGAGGUCAGAGGUGAAGAGGAGAGAGUAACUAACCCGGACGAUGGCAGUCCAGUACACGAGCCGAAUGAGACGACUCCUCUAACAGAGCCCGAGAAACUCCCCCUUAAAGAGGAAAACGGCAAGGAAGUGCUGAAGCCAGACUUAAUCGAGAUCAAGGUGCACACCGACAACAGCAUCCACACAACACAGGAUGACAGCAAAGCAUAA